AUGGCAUUAGCACUUUUACCACCUCAGGAAGUUGAAACUGCAUUUUAUAACAUACGUGCAUCAGAAAACAACAAAGUAAAACAAGAACUUCGUCAAUUAUUUCUCUACUUCGAAAAUCAGUGGUUGACUAAUACACCAGUAGAAAUGUGGAAUGUUCAUGGUUGUGAACAAAGAACAAAUAAUACAUGUGAAGUUGAUGCACAAUCUGAAAGACAAACAUCAAUUUAUUCUCCACCAUUUUAUUCAUCUCCAACUGGUUAUAAAAUGAGAGUUCGUCUUUAUUUAAAUGGUUACGGUAAUGCUCGUCGUACACAUAUGUCACUCUUUUUUGUGCUUAUGCAAAGUGAAUACGAUGUCAUUCUCAAAUUUCCAUUCAACUAUAAAGUCACAUUUUGUUUAUACGAUCAAACACCUGCACAACGGCAUAUUAUUGAUUCAUUUCGACCAGAUAUUAAAUCAAAUAGUUUUCAACGUCCACGAUCUGAAAUGAAUAUUGCAAGCGGCAUUCCAAAGUUUUGUCCUUUGUCAGUGAUUCAACAAGAAGAUAAUGUUUAUGUUCGAGAUGAUACAAUGUUCAUUAAAAUUAGGGUGAAUUUUGAUGAUAUGCCGAAAACAUUAUUGCCAUACGCUUUAUGUCUUAAUCCGGGUCUACCACUGCAUGUACGACAAGAAAUGGUGGAGAAAGAAGCAAAACGAAGGAAAAAAGCAGGUUAA